AUGAGAACCACCGACUUCUUCGUCGACACUUCGGAUGACGAUACCGGUCGUGUUCCUGUGCCAAUUGGGGACGACCAGGAUGUCGAGCUCCUCGAACGGAAGGGCUCGGCGUCGAAGAAGAAGCGCUCAGCCUUGUCAACACCAGGGUCAGCCUCGAGAUGUGAACCUAAGAGAGUCAGCUUACCACCAGAAGAAGGAUACCAGCGUCUUGCGAAUCCAGCUAUUGGAGAGAUCUCGCACUUCACCACUACACCAAGCACUUCGUUUCAUGGAUCUGUUGAAGAGCUGCUGCUCGGACAAGGGGGACUAACACCUCCGCACCAUCCACGCCAAGCUCAUUUGUCAAGCGGAAGGACACCCCGUAGCUCGGCGCAGAUUGAUAGAUGGGACGAGGAAAGUCGUCCCAGCAAGGUGGAGCAGAUAUCAGGUGCCCACGCGAUCGCUCAUGAGAUCACGCUGCAAGCUUUAAUCCGAGACGAAGAGGCUUUAGAUCGUGGCCUCGGCCUGAAGUCGUUUGCGCCCCUGAAUACAGACUAUCGCGGCUCUUUGUUACCGCCUUCGCUCCGGGUACAUGAUCCGAGGAGUCCCCGCAACCAAAUGUUCAGCACUCCUGGCUCAGCUGGCAGCAAGAAAGUGCAUGUUGUGCCGCCACCAAUAGAUACAACAGGGCCUAGAAGGUCUUUGCCCGCAGAUCUUGUGCGGACGCCAUAUCCAUAUACACCGCAGCAAGUCCGGCGGAAGGACUUUGGAAGCCCGCACUCUGCGACUAUGAGUAUACCGCCAGCAUCCGAAAGUAUGCUUACGUUGAGCAUUCGUCGAGCAAAUCCACAUAGCAAGCCGCGGGUGACGAGCUUGAUCAUACCUGCCACCAAUGACUAUAGUGUAAUAAGAUCUCGUGGUGACUCCGAGAAGAGUCGAGCUUCUAAAGCAUCAGAGUACGAUGAUGCAGAGCUAUUCCGUCAACUGCGGAAAUCCUACGGAGAGCUUACCGGUGCUCUUAGACUGUUUAGCGCUCGAUCAUUGACCCGAAUAGUGGUCAGUGGGCCGGCAUCAAGAGCGGCGGAUGCAGGCUAUGGCUGGCUUUCCAAGCCUCGCUCACCCCGAAUGCUGGUCUCACGUGGCCUCAGUGACACCUUUAGCGAGGAGAAGAUACUCCAGCAUUAUCGUAAGCCAGCACUGGGACGAUCACGAUUCGCAUUCGUGCACUGGGCACACAGACUGGCAGCAGCUCCGCCACUUCGGACACCACAAGGUGAAGAUGAUGUUCAGAGUACAGUCGAACGCGAUCUGGUGCGAAGAAUGGAACAACCGGAGGGGCUGGAAUUCAUCAUGAGCUGGUCUGUACGCCGAAUGGGGCUGGCUUUGGCAACGGUCGUGCUUGUCAGCGUUGCCGGAACGCUUUUGUGGAUCUUCCUUGGCCGGAACACGGUUGCUGCAUAUACCCCUACCGGUGGCUAUAGGGACGCCGGCGAUAGAAUUACGUCUGGUGUCCUCGUAGGCAUCUGUAUGCUCCUUGUGGGUCUGAGCAGCGUAGUCGGGUGGCUCGGCGUAAGCUGGCUUGUAGUGUAA